AGCCGCUCUCAGUACACACUAUGUGAGCCUAUUUUGCCUCUGAUUUCGUGAUGAGUACUGAUGCAUUCUAGGAUGGACGUAGAUCCCGAGUCUGGCUUCCAUGUUCAAUUUCAUGCACCCCAGCUGGCACCGAUGCACAUUCCGGGCUGGGAUUACAGCAGCGUUCCAGAGCUCGUUGACUUACCUGGCUGUGUGCCUGCCGAAGAUGCACUUGCUCUUACAGAGCUCCUCCACAGUCUGCAGUCUGCGACCACUCCCGCCGAUAUCGAACGCCAUCUCCGAGCGCUAGCUCUCAUCUGGGAAGAUUACUACCUUCCAAAGUUUCCCAUUCCUUUCUUCCAGGUGCGCGUUGCCGAUGUACGCGCGGCCGGCGGGUCCCUCAGCACUGCUCUCCCACUCUACGACGAGGUUCUGCAUGGUAUCAAUGGUCAGAAUGGCGCGGCGUUUGCUCAGUUCGUGUCGACAGUGCGGAUGCUAGCGCAAGGUGAUACGGAGCAGCAAGCUCGCAGCACCGGUUCCCUGACUUUUUUCCAACGCUGGAAGCCUGCGCGCGAGCAUGCUAAUCCCUUCAAUUGGCCCAUGCUCCCACCAGCGUCAGCCGACAUCCUAGCGGCGUGGCGCACUAGUCCAUACCAGAGACAGUACCUUAACUACAUCUGGAUCAAGGCACAUCACCUCGAGGGCACCUUCCACUUGGCAGGGGAGUCUGCAGAUGCACUCACUCAUUGGGGUUUUGCCCCCCACCUAGUGCGAUGCGAUGCUAGAAGCGAUCUUAAAGACCCUGAGGCCAUCAUUCAAACGCUAACUGACCUCGAAGACGCUUUCUCUGCCACCAUUCCAUGCCAUGAGCGUCCAGAGCUCCUGACCCCUGGACUGGUACAGGCUGUGCAUGCCAAACUGAUGCGCACAUCAAAAGUGAAGAUCAACGACCCAAUGGUCGGAGGCGUGCAUUAUAUCAAUGCAGGAUUCACUCGGCAAACAACGCAGAAGUCAGUGGUGAGACGCAGUCAGCAGUAUAAUCUCGCAUUUUGCCCUGCGGAGCGCGUGGACCAGCAGCUGGAAUAUAUCUGUCGAAUGGGGAAGCAAUACAUUGCGCGCUGGAGGAACCCGUUUGCAACGGCUGCUUGGCUCCAUGUUACUUUCGUGCGAUGUCAUCCAUUUGAUGACGGAAAUGGUCGCAUGUCACUCCUCAUUUCGUCUAUCCCGCUUAUGCGUCAUGGAUUCCCGCCGCUCUGCAUCACUCCGUCGCUGAGGAGUGUAUAUUACGAUGCGUUGAACAUUGCCUGGGAAGGUGACUUCCAGCCCCUUAUCAACUGCUUCGUAGACUCGAUGAACACGAGUCUUGAGGAAGUACAACAGAUUAUGGGAGGUGUUUAAUCUCCGUGAUCUGUUAUUCAGGUCGAAGAAGAUCAAGUCGUUGCCCGCUCGGCGAGUUGGGCGUUUCUAUCACCACGGUCCGUUUCAAAAAGUGAAAAAGAAAGUGUAGAAGUGUUUUACAGUAAUGCGUGUCUUUGUAUGCGUUCUUUUUGGCGUUUGUUCGCAUCGUUCGGUAGUGGAUUAGGAAUCUUUAGUAUAUUAAUCCCUUUGCCUUUGCUUCUUAUCAGGCUCAUGCUAUACUCCUCCCCCUUCCUUUCAAUAGCUUCCUCGCAGAGUUACCCAUCCCCAUUAACUUCAUGAUAUCAGUCCCGUUACGAUCACUUUUCAGUGAUUCCAAAUACUAGUACCUCGCCAUGGAUGUAUGAUAGCUG